ACCGAGGAUAUGAGAGAGCAAGAACCAGCUUUUACACAGAACAAGGAACGAACAUCCUUGAAACAUUGCCUCCUUCUUUACAUCUGCUUCACUCCUGAUCUUCAUCAGCUCUUCAAUCCGUGCCACAAGAAGAAGACGACGACAAUACUCUCAACAAGUGCAGUCCAGUCCAAGAGUUAGUGCCCGGAUCUUCACAGCCGAUACCGGUCGCUUUGUUACAGCAGCAGAAUGGCGUCUCAAUGUGUCAGAGAUGAGGAGCAUGAGCGUCGGAAGCAAAUCAGUGUUCGUGGGAUCGCCCAAGUCGAAAAUGUGGCCAAUAUUAAGAAGACAUUUAAUCGGCAUUUGCACUACACUCUGGUCAAGGACAGGAACGUGUCCACUACGCGAGACUACUACUUUGCUCUCGCACACUCCGUCAAGGACCACUUGACCUCGAGGUGGAUUCGCACCCAGCAGUACUGGUACGAAAAUGACCCCAAGAGGAUUUAUUAUCUGUCUCUGGAAUUCUAUAUGGGCCGAUCCCUAUGCAAUACGAUGGGAAAUCUGGGCAUCCAAUCUGCUUGUGAUGAAGCCAUGUACCAGCUGGGUCUGGACAUUGAGGAACUUCAAGAAAUGGAGGAAGAUGCGGGUCUGGGCAACGGGGGGUUGGGUCGUUUGGCCGCUUGCUUUCUUGACUCAAUGGCCACUCUGGGGUUGGCCGCGUAUGGCUACGGAAUCCGCUACGAGUACGGAAUUUUCGCUCAACGAAUUCGCAAUGGGGAGCAGAUUGAGGAACCCGAUGACUGGUUACGUUAUGGAUGCCCUUGGGAGAAAGCCAGGCCCGAGUACAUGGUUCCAGUCAACUUCUAUGGGAGGGUUGAGGACAAUCCGAAAGGAGGACGCAGAUGGGUGGAUACCCAAAAAGUGCUUGCACUGCCGUACGACAAUCCUAUUCCUGGAUACAAAAACAAUGUCGUCAACAAUCUUCGACUCUGGUCCGCAAAGUCACCUGUUGAAUUCAACCUUCGUUUCUUCAAUGAUGGAGACUAUAUUCAAGCCGUUCUGGAUCGGAACUUGGCUGAAAAUAUUUCCCGAGUAUUGUACCCCAACGACAACUUCUUUGAGGGGAAGGAACUUCGUUUGAAGCAGGAAUACUUCAUGGUGGCAGCCACCCUAAAUGAUAUCAUUCGACGGUUUAAAAAUUCAAAUUUUGGAUCCAGAGAAGCCACCCGAACAAAUAUGGAUUUACUUCCCACUAAAGUUGCCAUCCAGCUUAAUGAUACUCAUCCGUCACUCGCAAUUCCAGAGUUGAUGCGAAUUUUAAUCGAUGUCGAAGGCCUCACUUGGGACAAGGCGUGGGAACUCACUGUGAAAAGUUGCGCCUACACCAAUCACACAAUUUUGCCAGAAGCCUUGGAGCGCUGGACAUGUGUAAUGUUGCAGAAUAUUUUACCACGACACUUGGAAAUCAUCUAUCACAUCAACCACCUCUUCCUCCAGGAAGUCCAUAAAAAGUUUCCUGGCGAUAUGGACCGCAUGCGAAGGAUGUCGAUGGUUGAAGAAGAGGGCGAAAAGCGAAUUAACAUGGCUUUCUUAUCAAUCGUGGGAUCCCAUGCUGUCAACGGAGUAGCUGCGAUUCACUCUGAAAUUCUAAAGACCGAUUUGUUCAAGGAUUUCUAUGAAAUGUUCCCAGAACGAUUUCAGAAUAAAACUAACGGAAUAACUCCACGUCGUUGGCUACUUUUGUGCAAUCCUAGUUUGUCUGAUGUUAUUGCAGAGAAAAUUGGAGAGACUUGGACCGUUCACUUGGACCAACUAGUUCAGCUCAAAAAGUGGGACAAGGACCCCGCCUUCCAUCGUAAUAUUCAGACAGUCAAACAGGAAAACAAAAUGAGGGUGGCAGCAUUUUUAGAGACCGAAUACGGCGUCAAAAUCAAUCCCGGCUCAAUUUUUGACAUCCAAGUCAAACGAAUUCAUGAAUACAAACGACAACUUCUCAACGCGCUCCAUAUUAUCACAAUGUACAACAGAAUUAAGCGCAACCCUACUGGAAAAUUUGUCCCACGAACUGUGAUGAUUGGAGGAAAGGCUGCCCCAGGAUAUCAUCAAGCCAAGCUUAUCAUUAAGCUCAUUUGUGCCAUUGCGAAUGUUGUGAAUAACGAUCCAGUCGUGGGAGACAAGUUGAAGGUCAUUUACUUGGAGAACUAUCGUGUCACGCUGGCUGAAAAAAUUAUACCCGCCGCGGACCUUAGCCAACAGAUUUCAACGGCAGGAACUGAAGCCAGUGGAACUGGUAACAUGAAAUUCAUGCUGAAUGGUGCCCUCACGAUUGGAACAAUGGAUGGUGCAAAUGUUGAGAUGGCCGAAGAAAUGGGAAUGAAAAACAUUUUCAUCUUUGGGAUGCUUUGGGAUGACGUGGAGAAGCUGAAGCGAGAUGGUUACGACGCUAACAAAUACUACAAUGCCAAUCCAGAACUAAAGUUGUGCGUUGACCAAAUUGCGAACGGAUUUUUUAGUCCACAAAACCCAAAAGAGUUUUCUCAUAUUGCGGACAUUUUGCUGAAAUGGGACAGAUUCUUCACCUUGGCAGAUUUUGAUGCAUACAUCAAAAGCCAAGAUAAGGUCAACGAGACUUAUCUGAAUCAAGAGCUCUGGACAAGAAUGGCAAUUCACAAUAUUGCCUCAUCCGGAAAAUUCUCCAGUGAUAGGACAAUCGCAGAAUAUGCUCGUGAGAUUUGGGGCGUGGAACCCUCAUGGGAAAAAUUGCCAGCCCCACAUGAGCCAUCCGGAACAGAUGCUAACACCAAUAAUGGAAAAUAGACAAUACUGUAAUACGCCGAGACCUGAUUCACGACGAUAAUGACGACAGAAUCUCUAAAUACUAAAGCCAUCAAGUUAUGUCAAUCUAUAGCCAAAUCAAUAGAAAAAAUAUUUCCAAAGACUAUAUAAAACGGUGCAAUACUAGACACAACGAUAAUUUUUAGAACAAUCAGUAUGUAGUAACAUUUAUGUAUGCGUAGGAUAAAAAAUGGAUAAAAAAGUGCCAAUCAAAAACUUUUGACAGUAAAACCAAGUUUGAAUGCGAUUACAAAGAGCUUUAACGUUACGUGUCCACUGUCUAUUGUCUGGUGCCGUAAAAAUGUGGAGUCAAAUUUAUUACAUGUAUGUAGGUGUAUGUUCUACUGCGAUGCAUGUUCAUUUCAUUCAGUUAAUUUGAAUCAAUAAAUAGUUAAUUAUGAAACAAAACCAA